AUGUUUUUGCUGGACAAUGAGGCUUCAUCGAACAGCAGAAAAUGUGAUUUGUUUGCCGAACACUUCGCUAGCGUUAUCAACACGGAGUGUGCUUCACCUAACGAGAUUGCCGCAGCUUUGGCUCAUGUUCCGAACAAUGUGUUCGAUGCAGAAAUCUUCACGGUUACAGUCAAAGAAAAUAAUAAUAAUAAUAAUAAUAAUAAUAAUAAUAAUAAUAAUAAUAAUAAUAAUAAUAAUAAUAAUAAUAAUAAUAAUAAUAAUAAUAAUAAUAAUAAUAAUAAUAAUAAUAAUAAUAAUAAUAAUAAUAAUAAUAAUAAUAAUAAUAAUAAUAAUAAUAAUAAUAAUAAUAAUAAUAAUAAUAAUAAUAAUAAUAAUAAUAAUAAUAAUAAUAAUAAUAAUAAUAAUAAUAAUAAUAAUAAUAAUAAUAAUAAUAAUAAUAAUAAUAAUAAUAAUAAUAAUAAUAAUAAUAAUAAUAAUAAUAAUAAUAAUAAUAAUAAUAAUAAUAAUAAUAAUAAUAAUAAUAAUAAUAAAAAUAAUAAUAAUAAUAAUAAUAAUAAUAAUAAUAAUAAUAAUAAUAAUAAUAAUAAUAAUAAUAAUAAUAAUAAUAAUAAUAAUAAUAAUAAUAAUAAUAAUAAUAAUAAUAAUAAUAAUAAUAAUAAUAAUAAUAAUAAUAAUAAUAAUAAUAAUAAUAAUAAUAAUAAUAAUAAUAAUAAUAAUAAUAAUAAUAAUAAUAAUAAUAAUAGUAAUAAUAAUAAUAAUAAUAAUAAUAAUAAUAAUAAUAAUAAUAAUAAUAAUAAUAAUAAUAAUAAUAAUAAUAAUAAUAAUAAUAAUAAUAAUAAUAAUAAUAAUAAUAAUAAUAGUUAUAAUAAUAAUAAUAAUAAUAAUAAUAAUAAUAAUAAUAAUAAUAAUAAUAAUAAUAAUAAUAAUAAUAAUAAUAAUAAUAAUAAUAAUAAUAAUAAUAAUAAUAAUAAUAAUAAUAAUAAUAAUAAUAAUAAUAAUAAUAAUAAUAAUAAUAAUAAUAAUAAUAAUAAUAAUAAUAAUAAUAAUAAUAAUAAUAAUAAUAAUAAUAAUUAUAAUAAUAAUAAUAAUAAU